UAUGGCGGCCUCCAUGGAGGAGCUGGGACGUGUACUUGGCCGGCGGCGGCGAACGGCGGUUUGGGCUGCUGUCUCCUUUGCGCUGCUCCGCUACGUCCUGGGGGCAGAAGGCCAUGCUAUGGACAGGACUUCAUUAAAUGACGAUCAGCUUCUGCCGUAUCGUCCUCCCCAACACGGACCUCGGCACCGCCUCCGAUCCAUCCGAGACUGCCACGCUCUUCUGCACGGCAAUGCAACUCACGAGACCUGGCCUAGCGACAACAGUAGUGCCCUCCCGCUGGCCGUCACCCGCACGUUUGUGUCUUACUUCCCUCCAGAGGGUCAGAACCACCGAGAGGUCUACGGCCACUUCACGGUGGCAAGCAACCCAUUGCGGACGUUCUCCGUGCUGGAGCCCGGCGGGCAGGGCGGCUGCAGUUCCCGCAGCACCGUGACCGUGGAAGAGACUGCGAGAUUGGGCAAGUGCCUUGUGGCCCAGAACGGGGGCUACUUCGACACGAAGACCGGCGCGUGUCUUGGGAACGUUGUGAGCGAUGGGCAGCUGGUGCAGAGCUCCGGAGGGGUGCAGAAUGCUCAGUUUGGCAUCCGGAAAGACGGCACUCUGGUCUUCGGCUACCUCUCCGAAGAAGAAGUGUUGGCGAAAGAGAAUCCCUUUGUGCAGCUGGUGAGCGGGGUGGUCUGGCUGUUGCGUGAUGGCGAGGUGUACGUGAAUCAGAGCUGGGCCGUGGAGUGCGAGGAGAUCCAAGAAACCGGCACCUUUGAGAGGUUCGUCAGUACGGUGUCUGCCAGAACUGCUGUGGGGCACAACAAACGGGGCCAGCUUGUCUUGGUGCAUGUGGACGGGCAGACGGGCAGCAGAGGCCUCAGCGUCUGGGAAAUGGCUGACUUCCUGAGGCAGCACGGCGUCGUCAAUGCUAUCAACCUGGACGGCGGCGGGUCGGCCACCCUGGUCUUAAACGGCAGCCUGGCCAGUUACCCCUCGGACCACUGCAAAUCAGAUGCCAUGUGGCGCUGUCCUCGGAAUAUUUCCACCGUCGUGUGUGUCCACGAACCUGUCUGCCAGCCUCCGGACUGCAGCGGCCACGGGCAGUGUGUGCGUGGGGAAUGCCGGUGCGACGGAGCGUUCUGGCAAGGGCCGGCUUGCGAUGUCUUGGACUGCGGCCCUUCCAACUGUUCCCUGCACGGGAUGUGUACAGAGACGGGGUGCCUCUGUGAUGCCGGUUGGAUGGGUGCAAACUGCAGCGAAGUGUGUUCCAACAACUCCUACGGGGACGGCUGUGCUCAGAAAUGCCUCUGCCGCAACGGCGGCAAGUGCGACCCUGUGCACGGAUCCUGCACCUGUCCGGCUGGCUACCAAGGUGCCCUCUGUGAAAAAGCCUGCCAGGUGGGACACUACGGACCCAGCUGCCAGCACACCUGUCAGUGCCCAAACCAGUGUCCCUGUGAUCCAAAGACGGGCAGUUGCAACGUCUCUUAUGAGUCUUCCGCGCUGGACGGAUUAGCCAGAGAAAGCCAGUGUCUCCUGAAGGCUGGUCUCAAGGAGGAAUUCAUCUUCAGAGAGAAGACUUGGAUUGGCAUCACAUCAGCCUUGGCUCUGCUGCUUGUGCUCAGCGUGAUAGGAAACGUAAGGUUCCUCUUCUGCAGCUCCCGAGAGGAACGCAAGCGUGGCAGAUAUACCUACUACCCGCUGCAGGACAUGAAUGGGGAGGCCGGCCACGAUUGUCCAUGGGACAAGGAAGACCAAGUGGAGGACGCCUGCGCCCCACCUCAGCCUGUGUCAGCAACGCUGUUCUUACAAGAGAAGCCAGAAGACGCUCUCCGUGGCUCAGAUGUUUGGGCACCAUAGCUGAACAUUCUGGUCGUCUUCCAGUGCAGAACCUGGCUGCUUCUCUUACGGGCCUGUGCUCUCUGAAACGGGCCGCUGUCCUCACAAGUAGGUCUACCCAGGGGAAAGGAGCCUAGGAGAUCCUAGGGUGACGAUCUGAUAUUUUGGUUCCUGAGGUGGAAAAUCCAGCUGCUGACCUCUGGUGGGGGAAAACUAAUACGGACCUAAGACUGCCUUAUGCAAGGUCUGGAAUGCCGCCUUGGCAACGCCAGGGUUAUGCUGCUAAGCAUCUAGGCUAUUCCCAAGGCUAUUCCCUUAUCAGCUUUUGUCCUAAAGAAGCGUGCAAAAAUGUGAAACACACACUGGAACAGAGAACUGCAUUCCGGCAGGCCUCUCCGUGAACGUUUUAGACAUCUGAAAUGUCUUGUCUGCACCAGCUAAACAGAUAGCAACAUUUUCUAGGUGGAUUGAUGGGGAUUUAGGGGACGCUGAGACUCCUCCUGCUGCCAAAUUAGGAAUGAUGGAGAGACAGGCUGCUGGGCUUUCAGUCUGAGAGCGCCCACCAACGCAGCCUUUUAAGUUGAUCUAGCUUCAGGUGCCUUUUUAAGGAUGCGGAGACAAGUGAGAGGUGGCUUAUUACCAUGUAAUAUUUGACAAAGGCAAAACCUCACGUAGAAAGAAUGGAUUUCUUAACCUCUUUCCCCUUAUUGUAAUUUUUUUAAAAAAAUGGUCAUCUGUGCCAUCUAUCUGAGCCCCAUGAGUUAACCAAGGUUUGUUUAAUGACUACUAGCCAAGAGGGCUCUUUUAAAAAAUACUCUAGUGAUGGUGGCUAAAUAGAGCCUCCAGAUUCAGGAGCAGUGUGCCUCUUCAUUCCAGAUGCAAACAGGGGAUAGCCAUCACACCAAGUGGAAACAAUAUCAAACCUACAUAGAUCUGUGGAUGGGUCUAGCCCAGUGGGUACUUAUUUUCUUCUUCGUUUGCUAUACGAACUGCUUUGAACGUUGCUUUUGUUUUAAAAGCAAUGUGUCAAUACUGUAUUCUUAAUCAUAAUGAAGUUGACUCUUAGGCCUUAAUGAAGAUGGCUUAGGCCUUUAACUUAUCACAUCAGAAUUUUUAAGUAUUUUGAAAGAUGUAGAUUUACUUCAAGAAGGUCAGCAGCCUUCCAGUUAAUUUAUUUUAAAGUUUUUAGGCCUGUCUGAGCCAGAAUAUUUAAAUCUCUUGGUUCCCUUCACACCUCUUUUUGUACUGACUGCCAAAGACUGCGGGUUGUGCCACACUUGAACCAUGUGUCUAUGUAUAUAUUUCGGAAUCUAUUUUAUUACCUCUAAUAACUUUUAUGAAAGGCUUGAACAAACCUGGUCUGAAGGAAUCAGCUUUUUAUUGGGUAUAUCCAGUUUUGUAUUCCUGGAAUCAUCCUUUGAUCAGUGGUGAGUUAGUGGGCAAAGAAGGGAAAACAUGGUAAUUUCAUGCCAGGAUAGGGGGAAAUGUGUCUCCUUCACCUUUCUGCUAAGAGGAAACAGUAUUCCUAGCUUAACUUGCAGUAUCUGAUAAAUAGAGGGGAAUUAUUUCAUUCCCUUUCUGCUUCUGAAGCUUUAAGGUAAGAUCUUAAGAUCACAUCCUCCUCUUGCUGUAUUAUGUAUGUCUUUGUCUUGACCUUUUUUAAAGCUAGAAAAAUCAAUCUAGAUAGUUUCAAGCUACUGUUUCCAUUACAAAAAUAACCUACAAAUUAAUCCUACAUGUUCCCACUGGCAAGAGAACAUCUGCUGUGAAUGUUUAAUGCUGUGAAUGUGUAAAUGUUUAGUGCCAUACUUACCAAAAAUUCAUCAAUACCAAUCAGAAUUCUUAGAUAUAGCUUCUGAUUCCGUUACUGGAAAAGUGAUACCAUGCCCGAUUCCUUGGAAUUGCCCACUCAGACGACUCAUUCCCCUGGCUAAAGGGCUGUAUGCACACACAUAUAUUCACCCACCCUCUUACUGAAAAAUGCAGGGAUCAAAAAGGUGCAUAAAAACACACUCGUUUAUUAGGAAUCAAAACUUAAACACAAGCAGACCAGUUUUCUUCUCUUCCAGCUUGUAAUAAAUUACAAAUGACAAAAGCAA